AUAAUUUAUUUCAAUUUCAUAUUUGAUUUCUUUUUAAUAUUUAAUAGUAUUGGAAAGAGAAGAUCGUCACAUGACUCGCACUAUUAGAAAAAGGAAGAAAAAACAAUCCCCAUGCAUAUAAAAUAUAAAUUCGUAAAAUAGAGAUAUGCAUAAUAAACGAUUUAUACUAUUUAAUUUUCAUAUAUUAAGACGUGCUAGCGUUUUUGCGAACAUGGAAGCACGUUUUUGCGUACGUGUCGUGUCUUCCUCUAACAGCCAACACACCAUCUUUCCCGCGAAAAUCUCCCCUCGCAGAAAUCCUCUUCGCCUUCCCCAAAAUUCAAUUCCAGAAACAUCAUCAUCAGCAUCAUCGUCUUGUGCUCCUAAGUGUCGAAUUGGCAUAUGUAAUUUCGGAAGAGCGAUGCAAUCGCCGUGGUGAAAACGAUAUCCGCAAUGUCUACUUCCCGCCACAUUCCGGAAAAGCCACCGCCACGGGAGGAUCAUCCGUCGUCGGUUGUGAAGCUGCGGAAGAUUCCACCGAUUCCGGUGAGGCAGAGAUCGAACGUGGAAGGGAAUGCGGUUUUUGAUUCGGGUAAAAAUGAUUUGGAUGGCUGCGAGAGUAUCAUCGAGCCUUCGACGUUAGGGCUCAAUCAAAUCAGGACGCGGUUUGGGAAGGACAAUGGCAGUGUGGCUAGCUUCCUCAGCGCGCAUCCCAAUUUCGAGAUGCAAGGAUACGAUGGGGAAGAUAUGAGAGGUCGAAAAUCUCAGUGGAAUCAUUCGAAAUCAUUGAAAGUUCUUCCACAAAGUAGGUCUGGGGUGGAGGGUUACCAUGCAGCAUUUGCGAAGGAAAUGCAAUCUCCUCGUUUUCAGGCCCUUGCGCGUCUGACCAGUGGCCGUCGAAGAAAGACACCAGAAAUUAAGAGCUUUUCUCAUGAGCUUGAUUCCAAAGGUGUUCGACCAUUUCCAUUUUGGAAAUCGCGUGCAAUUGGCCGGACAGAAGAAAUUAUGAUGAUGGUCCGAUCAAAGUUUGAUAAGCUGAAAGAUGAAGUCAAUGCUGACCUAGGCAUUUUUGCCGGGGAUCUGGUGAGUGUACUCGAGAAUGCUUCAGAAUCUCAUCCAGAUUGGAGAGAAUGUUUGGAAGACCUGUUGAUAAUAGCCAGGCAAUGUGCAAAGAUGUCACCUGAUGAGUUUUGGUCCAAGUGUGAAGGAAUUGUACAGAAUCUUGAUGAUCGGCGUCAAGAUUUACCUAUGGGUACACUGAAGCAAUUACAUACACAUCUCUUAUUCAUACUCACUCGUUGCACUCGGCUUGUUCAGUUUCAAAAGGAAAGUGGUUAUGAAGAAGAGCACUUGCUGGCCUCCCACCAGCUCAGUGACCUUGGGGUAUAUCCUGAAGGUAUUAUCGAGUCAACUCUUAAUGCGAUGGAAGGUGUUGAGAGGCAAACCUCUAAAGUUCAAGAACAGUGUCAAAGCAAUCUGAUUAACAAACAAAACCAUGUAACUGAAGAGGCUAUCAGUCCAAAGAGUGCUGCAUCUACAGGAAGCUUCAAGAUGUCAUCGUGGAAGAAGUUUCCAUCAUAUGCAGAAAAGAAUAGGAAAGGGCAGGAUUCGAUGGAAACCCCCCAUACAGAUUUUUCGGAGGAUUUACAACCUAAAAAGGAACAAUACCACCAUGUUGAAAGUAUAGAAACUCAUGUCAUUCAGGGUGAACAUAUAGCAGAUUCCCUGAAAACAGACAAACUGACUUGGGGAAUUUGGGAUGAACACCAUAUGGCAUAUGAGGAUUCUCUGAUCUGUCGGAUAUGUGAAGUUGAAAUCCCAACUGUCCAUGUGGAGCAUCAUUCCAGAAUUUGUACAAUUGCUGAUAGGUGUGAUCUAAAGGGUUUAACUGUGAACGACAGACUUGAAAGAGUUGCUGAGACUCUAGAGAAAUUACUUGAAUCUUGGACUCCAAAAAACUUAAACAGGGUGGGGAUAGGAAGUCCAGAACUUGUGACAGGGUCAGCAUCAAAUGAACAACGGCACUUGGACGAAGUAUCACCAAAUGGAGAUAAUUUGACAUUGCCAUGUUCUGGUGACAUGAUGAAUAAUGGUGUGAAUGGGGCUGACAGAUCAUUGCUGGUGGAUGAAAUUCGCAGUUCACUGAAUGUAUCAAGCGAGGCACAAGUUCCAACUCCUUAUCAAAGCAAUAAAGCAUCAUCAGUUGGGAGUAUGACCCCGCGUUCACCCUUAAUAACCCCACGGAAAUCCCAGAUAGACAUUCUGCUGACCGGGCGUAGAACGCUAUGUGAAUUUGAAAGUUCUGACCAGAUACGUAAGUUGCUGGAUAUUUCCCGAUCUGUAGUCGGAGUUAACAAGACUGACUACAGUACAUUGGAGCAUAUGAUAGGGAAAUUGGAAGAACUGAAAUAUGUCAUUAAUGACAGGAAGGUGGAUGCUCUUGUUGUUGAGACAUUUGGGAGACGCAUUGAGAAGCUAAUACAGGAAAAAUAUGUUCUUUUAUGCGGUCAGAUUGAUGAUGAGAAGGAAACUGCCCCAAAUAGUGUGGCUGACGAAGAUAGUUCAACAGAAGAAGAUACAGUUCGUAGCUUGCGUGCAAGCCCAAUUAAUCCUCGUACCAAGGAUCGGAUAUCAAUUGAAGAUUUUGAAAUAAUUAAACCUAUAAGCAGAGGUGCUUUUGGGCGGGUUUUUCUUGCAAGAAAAAGGCGAACUGGUGACUUGUUUGCCAUAAAGGUUUUGAAGAAAGCUGACAUGAUUCGUAAAAAUGCAGUUGAAAGUAUCUUAGCUGAGCGUGAUAUCCUGAUAUCAGUCCGUAAUCCUUUUGUGGUGCGCUUUUUCUAUUCUUUCACAUGUAGGGAAAAUCUUUACCUGGUUAUGGAGUAUUUAAAUGGAGGAGAUCUUUUUUCCUUGCUAAGAAAUUUAGGCUGCUUGGACGAAGAUAUGGCCCACGUAUACAUCGCAGAAGUUGUACUUGCAUUAGAAUACUUGCACUCCUUAAAUGUCAUUCAUCGAGACUUGAAGCCGGAUAACCUUCUCAUAGGCCCAGAUGGUCAUAUCAAGCUGACCGACUUUGGACUCUCGAAGGUUGGUCUAAUAAAUAGCACUGAUGACUUAUCAGGGUCAUCUGCACUGCUUGGAGAUGAUAAACAAAAAGUGACAGUGCACUCAUCACAGAAAAAAGAGGAGAGAAACAAACAAUCAGUAGUCGGUACCCCUGACUACUUGGCCCCAGAAAUACUUCUCGGCAUGGGACAUGGUGCUACAGCUGAUUGGUGGUCUGUGGGUGUCAUUCUUUAUGAACUUCUAGUAGGCAUUCCACCCUUUAAUGCUGAAAAUCCACAGAAAAUUUUCGACAAUAUUAUAAAUAGAAACAUAACAUGGCCCAAGAUUCCAGAAGAAAUGAGUUAUGAAGCAUAUGAUCUUAUUAACAAGUUGUUAAAUGAGAAUCCAGUUCAGAGAUUGGGUGCCACUGGCGCUGGAGAGGUCAAAAGUCAUCCAUUUUUCAAGGAUAUUAAUUGGGACACCUUAGCAAGGCAGAAGGCUGCUUUCAUACCCGGAGCGGAUGCCCUCGACACAAGUUAUUUUAUGAGUAGAUAUAUCUGGAAUAUGGAAGAGGAAAAUGCUCACGGAGGCAGUGAUUUUGACGACAUGACUGACACAGGCAGCGCAUCAUGCAGCAGCAGUUCAUACAGUAACAUGCAGGAUGAAGAUGGAGAUGAAUGUGGGAACUUGGCAGAUUUUUCUGCUCCAACGCUGGAGACAAAAUACUCCUUCAGUAACUUCUCGUUUAAGAACUUGUCGCAGUUGGCUUCCAUCAACUACGAUUUGGUCACGAAGAACAACAAAGAGUCAAGUGCCGACUGAAGAACAAGCAGAGGUGCUUUCCUUCUUACAACCAGAGUCUCCCAUUGCAG